AUGGCUGAACGUCGUGGAACAAAAGCUUUGGAAUUAUGGUGCCGUCGCAUGACAGAAGGUUAUCCUGGUGUACAAAUCGACAAUAUGACCACAUCGUGGCGUGAUGGUCUGGCGUUUUGUGCAAUGAUCCAUCAUUUUAGACCAGAUCUGAUUGAUUUCGAUAAAUUGAACAAAGCCGAUGUGUACUACAACAAUGCCUUGGCAUUUACAACAGCUGAAAAAUAUUUGGGUAUACCUGCUCUGCUCGAUGCUGAUGAUAUGGCCGCCUAUGAAGUACCCGACAGAUUAUCAAUUUUGACAUAUUUGUCACAGUACUAUCAAGCCUUUGCAUCACAAUCUGCCCACAAUCGUCUGAAGCGUCCCUCAUCAUCUGCCACCGAAAAGACACAAAUCUCAAAACCCUCUGGACCACCACCUAAGAUGGCCCAUGUGGUUGGCGUCCCCAGACGCGAUCCCUGUCGUAAGUGUCAGCUGCCCGUAUUUCUGGCUGAACGUUUGUUGGUAGGCAAAAAAGUCUAUCAUCGAACGUGUUUGAAAUGUGCCCGCUGUGGUUCGCAAUUGACUCCGGGAAGUUUUUAUGAAACCGAAGUUGAUGAACAAUAUGUUUGUGAAACUUGUCCCGAUGAAGAAGUUACUAAUGAUCCUGGAGCUAACAUAGAACGUGCAACAUCACCAGUACAAAUGAGAAGAAAUCAGUUAGAAGGUGAAUCAAAUUUUGCAACAGCAGCAACAACGUCGAAUGCCAGAUCGGUGCGCAGUUCCAUACGAGAUCGUUUGGCAUUCUUUGAAAAACAACAACAGCAACAACAACAUGAUCCCUUGGAUCGUGAUAGUAAACUUUUGCAAAAAAGUCUUAGCGAUGAAGAAAAAUCCAAAUCAUUGCAAAGAAUGGAAAAGAAGGCAACGGAUAAUCCAUCCACUUCGUCGGGUGGUUAUAAAAUGAAUUCCGCCUUGUCGAACUUUCUCAAUGAUACUGUUGACAAUGAACCUGAUGAUGAUGGUGAAACUGAUCCAGACCGUGAUGAAGAUGAAAGUGAAUCGCUGUCAUCAUCAAUACAAAAUUCCAAAAUGGAAACAUCCGAUUCUGAGGAAACUGAUGAUUUGACAUCGGUGUCAUUGCCACCGGAAUUACCAAAAUCAUUGCCACCCUCAUUUAUGGUGGACGAUGAAAAGGAAAAGAAAAAGCCAGAAGAACCCAGCAAACGUUUUACAGCAUCAGCUCAAUUGAUAUUGGGUUCAAAUUCAGACGUAACAAUAACAACCACAAGAGAACUAAAUGCCGAUCAAGAAGAGAAUAUUAUAAGGACCUCAACACCCAUCCAACCAUUAGCGGAUGAAUUGGAAAUUAGUGUAACCUCCACUAAGACUAAAACCAAUGAUACGACCAACAAUAAUGAUGUGGAACAUACUGAGAACACGGAAACGAUAAUGGCAACAAAAUCAACAGAUACAAAAGAGACGACGACAAUACAGCAAAUAGAAUUAGAAAAUAAUUUAGCUUGUAAUGAAACUAAUGAUAAUGAUUGUGUUACCAAAGACAAAGCAACAGUUGAUGCUUCCAUCGUGGCUAUGGAAACGACAACCGAAGCUGCACAGCAGUUAGAGAGCACAAUAGAAACAGCUACAACAGCAACAACAACUGAGAUGAAGACACCACUCCAACCGGUGUCUUCUAGUAUCAGCAGUCCUAAGUCUCGAGAGUCUUCAGUGGAGAAAGAACUUGAAACCAGUGAAAAUCGUGAAGAUGUGGAAUUACGCACAAAAUCUCCAACUGAAGGCGCUGGCGAACCUGUCCCUUAUUUAACUACGGAGGACAAGGAGACCACACAGAGACUCAGUGUAGUUCGUGCUCGCCUGCAACAAUUUGAAGUAAUUACAAAUAAUGAAAAAGAUAAAGAAUCUAUUAAAAUUACUACAACUAAUACAAAAGAUCCGGAACCAGCAGAUCAAGAACCAGAAAAUAAUUCCCAAACUGUAACUAUAACAUCACCAGAAACCAUUGAAAAUGAGUCUCAAAGCCGCUCAGAAGAAAAGGUAUUGGAAAUUGAAACUAAGAUACCAACACCAGCUCCACGUGAGGAAUCUUUAAAAAUGGACACUGAAGAAGCCGAAGUAGUUCCACAAAUUGAAGCUAUCCAAGAAGAUAAUAAUAAAGAAAUACCAACUGAAAAACUAGAAGACGAAGUGCCUUUAAAGAUGGAAACAAAAGACAAUGAAAUUUUAGAAGAUAAGAUAAAUUCCCAAGAAACACCAAAGGAAGAAACAGAACAACAAACUACAACUGCGGAACUAUCAACUAAAGAUAGUCACACACCAAGUAAAAUUCCCCUAGAAGAAUAUCCUGAAGAUUUGAAUCCCUUUAAAUCAGAUGAUGAGGACGACGAGAAACAAAAUAAAGAAAAUGUUGAGCUUAGAAAACCAACCAAACAAAAUAUCAGUUUAAAUCCAUUCGAUUCUUCGGAUGAUGAAAUAGAAUUGGAAAAGUCUCAAAACACAUCGACGUCAACACCCAAAGUGCCACCACCAAGGCCACCUCCACCACGUAUUUCGAAAAAUCCCUUCGGCAGUGAAGAUGAAGAUGAGGAGGAGAAUAGUUCGAGUGCGCUAGCUCAAGCACAAUUGCGGCGCUCUUCGUUGACAGCGUCGCAGAUACGGCGUACCCCAGUACCCACACCCAGAUCCAAUGUAUCGCAAUCCCUAAAUCCCACACCUGAACCAACACCACGUCUCAGCACAAAGGCGGCCCAGCCGGUGAACAGCAGCAUCAGUCAGCAGCACAACAACUCCAACUCACACCACAACAAUUCUUCAUUUGUUUUACAAAAUUCCAGUGAUUUCUAUGGCAGUAACAAUUCAUUGCACAGCCAUCAUAAUUUGUCAUCAACACCGAACAACCAGAACAAUAAUCUCUUGCGUAAUUCCGAUAUCAGAUCCUCAAAUAAUUCACUAAAUCUUUCGGCUGGAGGUACCAUAAGAUCGCGUAAAACUCGGCGGGCUCCUCUACCACCAGCCCCCGUCAAGGAGUUGUUCCCCUCUUCGGAAACCAUAAAUACUAGCUCCAAGACCUCCACACCCAGUUCCAGUACCGUCGGCACCCCCAAGUCAGGACGCAAAAAGAGGCCAGCACCUGCACCACCAAAGCCAGCCCGUUUGGAACCGGCCACAGUACCACAAAUACAAAUCGACACCGUUACUACGCAGCCAAAAAACUUGCAUAGUUACCCUCUGCAGAGUGAAUUGGACUCGAAAUUAUCCGACGAAGAGAAAGCUUUGUUGGAGGGUAAGACUAUACAGUCGCAAACACAUAAAGACCAACUAUCAUCACCAGCCACCAUCAGGCGUUCAUCGAAACGUUUAAUACCUCUCGAUCAGGAUCUGCUGGAAGAACAUUCCCCCUCAGACGGUGGCAAUGAAAGUCAAUGUGACGAUCUGAAACAUCAACAACAAAAUCAAAAUAAUAAAAACUAUCUGCAAGAAGAAUCUGAACCCAAUGUGGUAUAUCGACGUCUGCUGAUACCUCAUAAUUUGGAUACACCCACACACGAAUCAAAUCCCCUAAUUGAUGAUCUAAACAGUUCUACAAUGUCGGGAGAGCGCCAAUUGGAAAAGCUAAAGGAUAACAAGGAGGCCAAUAAUCGUAAUAGACAAUCACAAAUAUCGGCCGCAUCAUCGGGUACGGAAGAUAAUGAUCCGCUAUUUAAUAAAUCCGUCCAUGGUAAAUGGAAAAGACGUAAGGGUCCGGCACCCGCAUUACCCAUACCACCAAGAAGGGUAUUACAAAUGUUACCGCUACAAGAAAUUAAACAUGAAUUGGAUAUCAUAGAAGUACAGCAACAGGGUCUCGAGAAACAGGGUGUCAUAUUGGAGAAAAUGAUUCGUGAUCGUUGUGAGGGUGAAAAUGGUGAGCUACUGAAUGCAGCCGGUGAAAUUGCCACCACAGAUGGUGAAAAUUCCAAAGAAGUUGAGGGCUUGAUUUUGCAGUUGUUUGAAUUGGUCAAUGAAAAGAAUGAAUUGUUCCGGCGACAAGCUGAAUUAAUGUAUCUGAGACGCCAACACCGCCUGGAACAAGAACAAGCCGAUUUGGAAUAUGAAAUACGUGUACUUAUGGCCCAACCGGAAUGUAAUAAAACCGAUUCGGAUAAAGCCAGAGAAGAGGCGUUCAUCGAACGCUUGCUUGAGGUGGUGAAAUUACGCAAUGAAGUUGUGGAAUGCUUGGAAAUGGAUCGCCUGCGAGAAGCCGAAGAAGAUCAGAGCAUUAAACAACGUUUGGAAUCACACAUUGCCAGCAAACGGGACGAUGAACCGGAAAAACAAAAAUCCUCAACGUUAACGAAAUUAUCGAAAAAGGAGAAGAAAAAACAAAAGGAAUAUAAAAAGUUGGCAAAGAACAAAAAAUUAGAUGCUGAUAAGGAUGCCGAUGAAUCCGAAUUGAGUUUGGAUAAACAAAAAACCAAAAAGAAGAAGAAGCUCCUCAUCUUCUAAAUCAUCUAUUU